AAUAAGUGAUUGCAGGCUUUUAAAGUAAAAAUUCGUAGCGCCCACUUUAGACGUGUCAACGGUUAAACCAAAUUAAAAGAAAAAAACACGAUCGCGAAAAAGAUCUAAAACAAAUCAAACGGGAUUUACGCAUCUACUUGAAUUGAUACCAAAGAAAUAAUAAUAAAAAAAAUAUAUAAAAAUUUAAUCGGUUAGAAAACCUAGCAGCUAAAUGAAGAGUAAUUUGGUAAAUGUUUCGGGUGAUUAACAGCAAUUUAAAGUCAAGUGUGUUAAUUUUGAAAAAAAUACAAAAAAGUCAUUAUUAAUUUGUUUAUGGAAUUUAUUAGACAUAUUGAGAAUUUUUAUGGCAGCAAAUUAAAAACAUACUUCAGUAAUUAAUAAAAUAAUAAACAAAUAAUUAAGUUUAAAAAAAAAGAAACCAAACCAUUAAUGUUGCUAUAAUUUGAAAAUAAAGGAUUAAAAAGCAAUUUUCAUUUAAGAAAUAGAUCAAAAAGCUAUUAGAAUUGAAAAAAAGUAAAUAAUUUUGAAAAUAAAAUUGUUUAGAUAGUGUUUUAAUUAUUAAAUAAUAUUUGAAACACAAAAAUAUGACCAAUUAUAAUCCAAAUUGUGGUUAUUAUGAGGAUUAUGGUUCCGGCUAUUAUACCACCACCACCACUAACCCCUCAGCAGUGGCGGCCUCAGCCAAUAAUAUUUAUCAACAGGAUUAUUAUAUGCAACAGGAUUAUGAAUACAAACAUGGUUAUGACCUCUUUGAUGCCAAAGUACCAUCAUCGCAGCGAUCUUCCGGUUUCCACAUAUCGGACAUUUUGAAUCUAGAAAAUUCCGAACUCAAACACAGUGUGGUGCAUCCCUCCGGUCAUCCCCAAGAUAUUUCCCAUCAUCAUACCUCCGAUGCCAAUAGCAAUCAUUUAACCUCUCCCUCCCUAAAUGGCGACUCAACGCAUUUAACGGCUAACGUUAAUCAUGGCAGCGUUUUGGCUGACAAUAACGGCUCAAAUGCAGCCUCGGCUGCUUCAGCCGCCGUUAGUGCUUCGGCCCAGGCUCAGGCAGCCGCUCAAUUUAUAGCCAGCCAUAAUGCAGCAGCAGCAGUGGCGGCAGCCGGCCAAUAUUUACCCAAAAAUUUCCCCAAUGGUUUCAACGAUGACAUGUCCUCGUAUCAUAUAGCCCACACAAUGCUGACGCAUUCAGGGCGAUCGCCAUGGAUCAAGGAAAAUGAUUUAUACGGCGUCCAACAACCUGCCAGUCCCGACAGUACCUCACCCGUUAACUCUGAAGUUUCCUACACCUACAUCGGUUCCAAUUGCCAAACCUCUCCCGCCUUAUCCGGUGACUACAAAACCUACAGCCGUUCAGCCGAUAGUGAUGCUCUGUCCGUCGGCGGAGGUGAUAACAACAAUCUGCAUCAUUUGCAUCAACAGCAAAACAAUGGCCAUCUUAUGAAACCCAAUACCGAUAGCAAUAACAGUGCUGGCGGCAAUUCCUCCAAUCCCCAUGAUGACAGUUUAAUUGAGGACGGCAUUGAGGAGGAAAUCGAUGAUGAAAACGAUCAAGAUGGCAGUAAUACCGGCACCGGGGCCGAUGGUCUGCCCAAUAAGAAAAGAAAACGUCGAGUUUUAUUCACCAAGGCCCAAACCUAUGAGCUGGAAAGACGUUUCAGGCAACAGCGUUAUCUGUCCGCCCCCGAACGUGAACAUUUGGCCAGUUUAAUAAGACUCACACCCACCCAAGUGAAAAUCUGGUUCCAGAAUCAUCGCUACAAAACGAAACGCGCACAAAAUGAAAAGGGCGUCUAUGAACAACAUCCUGCUUUACAUGGUCAUCAUCAUCAUCCCUCGGCCUUGCCCUCGCCCCGCCGUGUAGCCGUGCCCGUGCUGGUGCGCAAUGGCAAACCCUGUCUCAGUGAUGGCUCUAAAUUGCCGCAGGACUGUGUAACCGCUUCUAUGCAAAAUGCCGCAGCUGCCCAUCAUUUGGUGUUGGCCAAUGGGGCAGCUUAUCAGCAUGCAGCGGCGGCAGCCGCAGCAGGCAUGCAUGCCGCCCAUGCCCAUCAAAGGGCCUGGUGGCAUUAGAAAUUAAAGGAAUUUUUCACUCAAACUAGACAAAUUUAGGAGAAACAAAGCUGCUGGGUGGCCUUAAUUAACAAAUCAAAAGUUAUUAAAAGAAACUUUGAGAACAGGGCCCCUUUUACCACAAACAGAAAAAUUCCUUAAAAAUCGAAAACAAGAAUUUUAAAAAUUCAUUUUUAAGCUACCAAAAAAAAAACAAACAAACAAAAUUAAAGCAAUAAAUUUUACCAAACAAACGGCAUUUUAGAAGCAACUCGAAUAAUCAACAAUUUGGACAAUAAAAAUCUUUAAUAAAAAAUUAAAAAACAAAAAUAAAUUGCAGCAAUUUUAUUUUUGUGAAAAAUCAAUUUUAAAACAAAUAAUUGUAUAUAUUUUAGCCACAAUUUCUUUAACAAAAAACCAUGUAUAAAUUCCUUUCUUUUAUUUUCGUAAAUAUUGAAAUCCUGUAAAUUUCCUAGCUUUUAAGUUUAAAGACAAACCUUAAUAAAAAUCACAAAAAAAAACAAAUUAUAGAA